AUGUUACCUGGUGGUAAAGAUGAUAAAUUCGAUGGAACAUCAUCAACAGGAACAACAACAAAUCAAAAACGUGGAUUUUUAAAUCGCAUUCGUGCAGGUGUAAAUACACUUGUACGUGAUGAGAAUAAUAUGUUAUUUGGUGAACGUUCAAAUUAUGAUAUGCUUCAAUAUGAAGAUGAAGAAGAUAGUGUUGAUGCAGAUGAUUUACAUCGUUAUGCACAACAAUUACGUGAUUUAGAAGAUAAUGAUAGAGAAAUAAAUCCUGAAUAUCUUGUUUUACGUGAUGGUAAAACAGUUUAUGCUGUACACGAAACUGAUGCUGAUGGAAAAACAACAUUAUCAACACGUAAACCAAUUUAUGAUCGUUUUUUUGAUCAAACACCUGAUGAUGAACAAAUAAGAAAAAUGAAAAUUUUCUCUCGUAUAAAACGUACAUUUUCUCGUAAUAAACAGAAAGACAAAGACACCCAAAGUAUCACUUCACCAAAAUCAACUUAUGAUACACUGAAUGGUGAUAGAAAACGAAACAUAAAAAAAUCAAGCAGCAAAUAUAUUGAUGAUGGCAUGACAACAACAGCAAAUAGUGAACUGUUAAUGAAUUGA